AUGGGAAAUGGAAGUUUAAACGAUUUGUAUAAUUCUAGCUUAAAGAAAAAUACAUCUGGGACCAAAGUGAAUGUUAAAACAGAAAAGGAUAAGACAGAAGAGUCAGUAAUGGGAAAUGGAAGUAUAAAAGAUAUAUAUAAUUCUAGCUUAAAAAAAAAUACAUCUGGGACCAAAGAGCAUGUUGACUCUGUGGUCGGUAGGCCAGAGAAUAAAGAAACGGGGAAAACGGAAAAUUCUGAUGUGCACAGUGCAGGUAAGAAAAAAGGAAGUUCCGGUAGUAAACUACAUCUGGAUUCCAAGAGGAAUAAAAAGAACAAUGUUAAAAGUGGAAGUAAUGAAAAGUUGCAGGAACAAAAUACUGGGACAAAAAAAAACGCAUCGGACGCUGAUCUGAAUGCUAGUGCGAAGAAUAAUAGGAAUCAUAGGAAGAAAAAGGGAAGCAAGACGAAACCACCUGAGAUCACGGAAGUGCAAAAGAAUUCAAUAGACGGUAAUAUCAAUGUUGAGGAAAAAGCGUAUAGAGCAGAAACGAAGAGUGCAAGGAAUGGGGAAAAUUCGACAGUGAGUAGUGUAUCAUUAAAAAAUAACUCAUCGAAUUAUAAAAAACAUGGUGAAUCGAAGGAAGCGAAGUCGAAGGAUAGGUCGAAUGAUAGAAAAAUGGAUACGUCUAAGAAUGAAGAAUUGGGAAGCGUUGUACCAGGUAGUAGCACAGUGGACAGUGAUUUAAGUCAGAAAUUGAAUAAUACCCAUGUAACUGCACCAGGGAAAAAAUAUAAAAAGAAAAAACCCUCGUCUGGGUAA